AUGGUGUCCUUCGACGUAGUCUCUCUUUUCACCUCCAUCCCUAAAGAAUUAGCCCCGAGGGUCAUAAGUGACCUACUGGAGAGGAGGUACGAUGAAGAUGAAAGACCUCUGAAAAGGAAGCACAUAAUGGAGCUACCGGACUACUGUUUGAGCACGUACUUUACGUUUAAUGGCCAGGUGUACGAGCAAAUCCAGGGAACUCCGAUGAGAUCACCAAUCUCCGGCUACCUAGCUGAGGCGGUUCUACGAGAACUAGAAACAUGGGUCUUUCAAUCCUACAUGCCAAAAUUCUGGAUGCGCUAUGUGGAUGACACCUUUGUCAUCCUACCUCGAGACAUGAAAGAGACGUUCAGAAGCAAAUUGAACUCAAUUUUCCCCCAAAUUCAAUUCACUAUGGAGGAAGAAAAAGACGGAGAAAUUCCCUUUCUUGAUGUCCAGGUGUCGAGACAGGAAGACGGAGCCCUCCAAACUCGUGUCUUUCGAAAGGCGACCGAUACGGCGAAAAUCUUCCAUUACAGCAGUAACCACCCUUUGUCACAUAAGCGCAGUUGCGUGCGGACACUCAACCUACGCAUCAACACACACUGCAGCACAGAGGCUGAAAAGCUGCGAGAGCGUAAAUCCCUAUGGCGUCUCUUUCUCUCCAAUGGGUACUUACGUAGCUUCAUAAACAAAUGCCUGUAUCAAAGGCACACGAAGCCCGACGGUGAACAAAAACAAAAACAUGAAUUCUUCCGUGCUUUGCCCUACGUGAGUGACGUUUCCGAAGCCACUGAACGCAUGCUCAGACCACUCAACGUGGGCCUUGGACACCGGCCGGAGGUCACUAUCCGCCGCUUGCUCAUGCAGCCCAAGGGGCGGCUACCACCUGAGGACACGUCAAGAAUUGUUCACCGCGUCAACUGUCUAGACUGUCCGGCCAAUUAUUGUGGCAUGACCGACAAACGAUUAAGGUCGCGCAUGCAUGAGCAUUAUCUAGCUGUAAAGCGAAAAGAUGUACGAUCACAUGUUGCUAUGCAUAGCCUCGAAAAUGGCCAUCAAUUCGGCUUCGACAAGGCAGAAGUAAUCGGCCGAGCUGAAAGCGAAAUGGCGAGAGAGAUAAUCGAAGCCUUGCAAUCCAACGCCAACUCGAUCAACCGUAGAAUCGACCUACCGGCGCCAUAUGAUGCCGUCAGACACCACUUGAGCAGGAAGAGAGGACAAAUGGGAAGAGAGAACAAUGGACCUAUCAGUGGUGAGUAA